AUGGACGGGACACCGGAGCCUCUGGCCAUGACCGUCCACCUCCUCGCUGACUCUGGACAUGGCUCGCUUCUGCAGCAAACUCUGGAUCAGCUUCUGGACUGCGUUUGCCCGGACGUGCGUCCCUUUCUGGUGUCCGAGAGGGUCAGUCCAGUAAAAUACUACGACAAGUGCCACUCCAAGCGCUCACGGUUCCCAGGGAUGUCUGUGUUGCUCUUCCUGCCCGAGAAUGUGGGAAAGGAGCGGCUCUUCCGGGUUCUUGACUCCCUCCAACACUGGCCGUGGCGGUGCUACUCUGCCCUGAAUGCUCAGGGGAGGCCGUGUCCCUACCCUCUUUCCAACCAGGAGUUCUACAGUCUGGACAGCCAGAUGCCGGUCUGGGGUGUGAAGCAGGGGCACUGCGGCGCGGAGAUCCUGAGGGUGACGCUCUACUGCAGUUCUGAUAACUACGACGAUGCCAUCAGACUGUAUGAGCUGAUCCUGCAGAAGGAAGCCACCGUGCAGAAGAGCGACUCCUGCGUCUUUGUGCUCUAUGCCACUGAGAGCUUUGCUCUGCAGCUCUCCCUGACACAGCUGCCCCUUGGAAUGUCAGUGGACCCCAGAGAGUCCUCAGUGCUGCAGUUCAAGGUUCAAGAGAUCGGCCAGUUAGUGCCUCUUCUCCCCCAUCCGUGCGUCCCCAUCAGCCGCACCAGGUGGCAGACACAGGACUAUGACGGCAACAAGAUCCUGCUUCAGGUCCAGUUGAAUCCCGGACUUGCUGUGAGGCAUAGAGAACUUUCCUUUCUCAGUGGCACCUUGGGAGCUGACACACUUCUCCAGGGCUCCCGGCUGAUCCCUGUCUCCACAAGGAGGACCCUGGAGCCAAGAUGCCGAAGGAGCCAGGCCAGGAGGCUCAAGGUGGGUUCCCUGGAGUGCCCAGAGUCUGCUGAGAGCCCUGUGUCAGACAGCGUUAGUGGCACCUUGUGGAAAAGCCCUGGCUGCUCGACCCAGGACAGGAGCUCCACCUUGGGUGCCCAGAUGCAUCUGCCUUCUCCCCACCUCCAGCCUGGGGCCAGAGAAAAAGUCCUCAGCCUGCAAAACAGCUUUGGGAAGCUGGAGGCAGAAACAAAUGUUGACACGGGUUGCACCGUGGUCAAUUCUGAUCCCCGACAGUCUUUUCGGAGUGGAUUUUCAAGGGAUCUGCAGACCAGCCAGGCACCAUCGUGCUUGCCAGACUCCUCCUUAGGGGUGACUGCCUCCAAGAACAAUAGAAUCUUUAAGGCAAGCACUCAUUCUUUGUCACUUGCUGGCCAAAGGGAUCUUGGUGCAAGGAAGAUAAUCUCAAAAUGUCCCCUUCACUUGCCAGUCCAGGGUGAAGAAAAAGAAGAAGAAUUCUUUAUAUAA